AUGCAGCAAAAAAUCACCCGUUUGUUUCAGCCUCUUGCAAAACCCACACAUUCAAUAAAGUACACUCCUUCAACGCUCGAUUUUUCGCAAGACGAAUUUGAUUUGGCUAUUCAAGCAAGCCUAAAUGAAAAAUCUUGUAAUCAAUCUCUUAUUCACAGUCCUGAUCGUGCUCGUCAACCUUUAUCACAUCAAAAUGAAAAUUUGUCGCCAGAUCUACUGUCUACAACAUGCAGGCCACACUCUGUAGCUACGCCUACUCCAGCACCUUUAAAAAAAGAAAGGCUUUUUGGUGAGGAUUUAAAACUAAAUGAUUGUAGCAAAUCUAUCCAUAAUGCAUGUCUAACCUUUUAUGUUUCCCCAUGCACUCUAGCAAACAUGGAUUUAAUAUGUAAUUCUGAUGACGAGGAUUUUGAGUCUGACACAGUCUUUCAUUCAAAGAAAAGAUCCGACAAUAGUCCAACUAAAUCCAAGCCAAAAUCAAGUUCUGUAUAUACUAAAAGCAAGAAAUUUGCAACGGCGAAUCUAGAUAGUCUGUCUUUUGUCAAUGGAUCUAAUACCAAGACACCUGUGCACAAUUCAAGCAUAAAUCAGGCCCAUCCAUCAAAUUCACCACAAUCUUUUUUAAAAGAGGACGAAGCAUUCAAAUCGGACAUAUACUCUUUGUACGGUGUGUUAAAAAGUCCUAUCAGAUCGCACAAUCCUAGCAAAACUUCCAGCUCAGUCAAAUCCUGUCACAAAAAAUCGUUUUUUGCCAAAACCCCACAGUCAGUGCCAGCAACUACAGCAAGUCGUAAAAUAAUACUUGAACUCAAUGAUCACGAUAGUGAUCAUGAUUUUCAACUACAACAGACUAAAUCUGUACAGGCAUCUCCAAUACCUAAACGACCUAUUUUUGAUCGACAGCCUUUAAACAACAGCAUCAAGAAUGAUAAAUGCCCGCUUUUUGAUUUUAGCUCCGAAGAUGAUGAUCCUCACAUAUUUGACCAAGCUAACGUGAAAUCUAAUAGACAUCACACAUCAAACGGUUCUAGUGCUCUGUUACAAUUCUUUCAUAAACCCAUUUCUAAAGAUCAUAUGUCUGCAAUCAAAGGGUUACAUCAAGUUGAAUUGGGCACUAAAAAAACUGUUUCUUCUGCUAAUUCUACUGUUAUAAAUACCUCUCCAAAUUCUGGACGAUUGUUUGCAAAGUGUGUUGAUCUGCCUGCAAAAUAUCAAACUAGUGCAGUUUCAUUGGCAAAUCAAACCGGCAUGUCAACGAUUGAAAUUCAGAACACUGCUUUGCACGCCAUGUUUUCUAUGGAUGACAACCCUGAUAUCAAAUCUGCAGCUUCCAUAUCAAAACCAAAUCGGCAUGCUUUGCUUGAACCAUCUUGGCUUUCUACAAAACACAGUAAUAGUGAUUUACUGCAAGAGAUUGAUCAACAACGCAGUAAUUCACCAGACUUGUCACAAGAAAGUCCAACUGCUAUACCCGACUCACAAACAACUGUCAUUGAUUUGAAUGAGUUUGAACUAGAGAUUAAAAAUAAGAGUAUUAGUGUAAACUCUGCUAGAGAUUCUCAGUCUCAUAGUAGAGCAAUGCCAUUUAUUCAUCCAGAUCAGCAGAAGCAUCAUUUGCCCUAUUGGUCCAAGUCGUCACGAGUGAAUACACAUAGAGGUCAUGCUCAAGCAGAUGCGUAUUUCCACGACCGUACUAUUGGAGCCAAAGCAGCUAAAAUGAGCAUACCUUCUAAACGAUACGUGGCAGAUGGCAUUGAAGAAGUGGAUCUUGAUCAUACAUCCAAUAACCAACACUGGAAUGCGUCUUGUCUAGCCAAUCAACACAAUGUUCAAUUUGAUGAUAUCGAGAGCGACAAUGCUGCUGGUGGAUGCAAUGUGGAUGAAAAUGAUACUCCUUACGAUGGAUUUGUGAAUAUUCAGCAUUUGAAAAAUACAGGGCAGUCACUUGGAUCAUUUGGAAAGUAUUUUAAUCAAUUUUCCGAAAUAGAGUCCAAGAAAAAAGGAAAGCGUGCUAGUGGUUCAGGGCAAGACCUUGGUAUAGUUCAAGAAGGAAACAGCAGUACUAGCAAGCGACAGUAUACUGCCAAAACUAAGACACGUGGCACUACAAGUGCUUGCAAUACCAAUGGAGAAGAAAGCAAAACGGGAGGGCAUGAUGGAACAGGUAAAAAAGGUAAUCAGCGGAGAGGACGAGCAGGAUAUUGGCGCGGGAAUCGCGGACGAUUUAAAAAACGGUAG